GGCCACCACCCCUCCGGCCCCACCGCCUGACACUCCACGCCACACAGCCCCCGCCGCGCCCAAAUCCCCCAAAACCCUAGCCCCGAGGAGGAGGAGGAGGCGGCGGCUACCAUGGCUGCCGCAGCGGCGAACCUGGCGGGCCGGCCGGGCGUGCGGGUCGUCGUCAUCGGCGACCCCGGCACCGGCAAGUCCAGCCUCGUCGUCGCCGUCGCCACCGAGCAGUUCCCCGAGAACGUCCCCAAGGUCAUGCCCCACACCCGCCUCCCCGCCGACUACUUCCCCGACCGCGUCCCCAUCACCAUCGUCGACACCUCCUCCAGCCCCGAGCAGAAGCCGAAGCUGAUCGCCGAGUGCCAGGCGGCGGACGCGGUGGUGCUCACCUACGCCUGCGACAGGCUCUCCACGCUCGACCGGCUCAGCUCCUACUGGCUCCCGGAGCUCAGGCGCAUCCAGUUGAAGGCGCCUGUCAUCGUGGUGGGGUGUAAGCUGGACCUGAGGGACGACCAGCAGAACAGCCUUGAGCAGACGAUGGCGCCCAUCAUGCAGGCGUUCCGUGAGAUCGAGACCUGCAUCGAGUGCUCCGCGCUUCGCCAGAUCCAGGUGCCUGAGGUCUUCUACUAUGCCCAGAAGGCAGUGCUUCACCCCACAGCUCCUCUAUUCGACCAAGAGGCACAAUCUCUAAAGCCACGCUGUGUGAGGGCUUUGAAGCGGAUAUUCAUUCUAUGUGACCACGACAGGGAUGGAGCUCUCAGUGAUGUGGAGCUCAAUGACUUUCAGGUCAGAUGUUUUAGCGCUCCUCUCCAGCCUACUGAAAUAUCAGGCGUGAAGAGAGUUGUUCAAGAGAAGAUGCCCGAAGGCGUAAAUGAUAGUGGCCUUACAUUGACUGGGUUCCUUUUCCUUCAUGCUCUUUUUAUUGAGAAAGGUCGUUUGGAAACUACAUGGACAGUAUUGAGGAAAUUUGGUUAUGAUAAUGAAAUCAAGCUUAGAGAUGAAUUCAUUCCAACGUCAGUCAAGCGAGCUCCUGAUCAAACGGUGGAAUUGACAAAUGAAGUGAUUGAUUACUUGAAAGGAAUAUUCAACAUGUUUGACAUAGAUAAUGACGAAGCUUUGCUACCUUCUGAGUUGGAUGAUCUUUUUUCAACUGCACCUGAAAAUCCUUGGACUUCUGAUCUAUAUAAAGACUCUGCUGAAAGGAAUGUCUUGGGUGGGCUAUCACUUGAAGGAUUUCUUUCUAAGUGGGCUCUUAUGACACUUCUAGAUCCAGCAAAUAGUUUCGCGAACCUUGUAUAUGUCGGCUAUUCGGGCGAUUUUAAUUCAGCAUUCACCAUCACGAGGAAAAGACGAGUGGACCGUAAAAAGCAGCAGACUCAAAGAAAUGUGUUCCAGUGCUAUGUUUUUGGUCCCAAAGGUUCAGGAAAGACUGCAUUGCUACAAUCAUUCCUUGGAAGGCAACCUUCUGAUGCUCUGCCAACUAACAGCGACCGGUUUGCGGCAAAUACUGUUGAACCAUCUGAUGGGACUAGAAAAACACUUGUGCUGCGAGAGAUUCCUGAAGGUGAUGUCAGAUCAUUGCUAAACAACAAGGAAUCCUUGGCACCCUGUGAUGCGGCAGUCUUUGUUUACGAUAGCUGUGAUGAGUUUUCUUGGCAAAGAGCAAGAGAUUUGCUUGUGCAAGUGGCUUCACAUGGAGAAAACACAGGCUAUGAAGUCCCUUGUCUGAUAGUUGCUGCUAAGGACGAUCUUGAUCAAUCUCCAGUGGCUCUACAGGAAUCAACCAGAGUGAGCCAAGACAUGGGAAUUGAAACACCAAUUCCCAUCAGCGUGAAGUUGAAAGACUUGAACAAUAUUUUCUGCAGAAUAGUUCAUGCGGCACAGCGGCCCCAUUUGAGCAUUCCAGAGACUGAAGCUGGUAAAACACGCAGGCAAUACCGUCAACUUCUCAACCGUUCCCUCAUGGUUGUUUCAGUUGGAGCUGCUAUAGGUGUUGUGGGGGUAGCCGCCUACAGGGUUUAUGCGGCUAGGAGGAACUCGUCGUCAUGAAGGCCCCCUCCCUCCCGGACAGUCGGGAAAUAACGUGCAACAGGCAGGUUCAUCGUCGAUGAAGUGGAUCGUCUAGCUUGAUGUUUAUGUACAGGUGCUGUCAUCAUCAAAGAUAACUUGUACUAGUGCGUGUUUGAGUUUCGGACCGUAUAAUGUACGGCAGUCAUCAGGCUCUGUUAGAUUCUUUAGCUGAUAAGACUGUCAUGACUUGUUUUGCUUCUGUUAGAAUUCCACCACUGCCCUAAAUUUUUGCCUGCAUUUUUCUUUUUCAUUUCCUCCGAACAUUUUAAAUGUCUUUAUUUAUUUUGGUGUGGGGAUGCAGUUGGAAGUUUUUGUUUUGUCCGUGCUUUAAUUGAUUUCAUAGUUCUAUUCA